CACUGAGUCACAACUCGGCUCACUCAACAUUGAAAAGUCAGCGAUAAAUCACCACCACCACCUCCAUUGGAGAAAAGAUGCUUCGCCGUUUGGGUCUAUCUCUCUGACACGCGGCGGUUUGGGCCGGUUGUUUUUGGGCCCAAUGUCGAGCAGUAUAAUAAUGAGAAGCAGUAGUGUUAUUGGUAUAACGCAAGAAAAGAGUGAACGUAUCGUUGUCUAGUGUCUUUCGUUCUCGUUCUCGUGUUUCUGAAGAUGGCGCUAACAAUACUACCAGAAAGAUUCCCAAUUGGUCUACGGGUUCUCGCCCUUGAUGUUGACACAACUCACCAUCCCAUCCUUCACGCAAUGGGUAAUCGAUUUCAAUACCAAGUCAUGUCUUCUCAUUACUCUACAAAUUCUGUCACGGAGGCUAUCACAAAAGGGGCUUCUGAUUAUUGGAUUAAGCCAUUGGAAGAACGACACUUCCAGACUAUGUGGAAGCAUGUCGUAAAAGACAUCUUCCAUAUGAACAACAAAAGGGGAAGAGAACAAGUCGAUGUUCCAAAACAAACAAUUGAUGAAAACCAUAAUCAUAAUGAUGAUUAUCCAUCCCCGCCGACAAAGAAGUUCCGGUGGUCAUGGACUCAACAGUUGCAUAAUCAAUUCGUAACGGUGGUCAAUGAAUUAGGCAUUGAAAAUGCAAAGCCCAAAAAAAUACUCAAAAUAAUGGAUGUUCCGGGUUUAACCCGAGAACACGUUGCUAGCCAUUUGCAGCAACGUUUAGAGGAAUUCUGCGAUGAUCCUUACGACAUUUUUUACGACCUUCCAGACGAUUUAUCUACUUCAUUCUUUGGAGCUGGUGGACAGCAACCUUUAAAGGAAUUUUGCGACGAUCCUUACGACACUUUUUACGACCUUCCAGAAGAUUUAUCUACCUUAUUCUUUGGAGCAUGUCCUCCCACAGAAGUUGAUAUAUUGAGUCUGUGAGUCUGUGUUAGUUAGUUUGAAAAUUGCGGUUGAUAGUAAAAAUAAUUUGGUCAUUAAUAAAGAUGACGAGAGCACAAUCCUGAACCAAACGUGUAAUUAAGUAGUCAUUUUAAUGUAAC